AUGUCAGACAGCCAGUACUCCAACCUUCUUGCUCCACUUGCAGUCGAGGCCGUGCUCUCUGUCGUCGAUCCUGCUCAUCCUGAUCUCGUCGAUCUUCGUGAUGUUAAGAUCGUCAAGAAAUUGGGUGGGACGGUUGAUGAUACUGAGCUUGUGAAGGGACUGGUUUUUGAUAAGAAGGUCAGCCAUGCUUCUGGUGGCCUGACUCGUGUUGAGAAUGCGAAGAUCGCUGUCAUUCAGUUCCAGAUCUCGCCGCCCAAGACUGAUAUCGAGCAGAGCAUUGUUGUAUCUGAUUAUACUCAGAUGGAUCGAAUCUUGAGGGAGGAGAGGAACUAUAUAUUGGGGAUGGUGAAGAAGAUAAAGGCAACUGGGUGCAAUGUGCUUUUGAUUCAGAAGAGUAUUCUGAGGGACGCUGUGACUGAUCUGUCACUGCAUUAUCUUGCCAAGGCGAAGAUUUUGGUGAUUAAGGAUGUGGAAAGGGAUGACAUUGAGUUCAUCACCAAGACACUAAACUGUUUGCCCAUUGCAAAUAUCGAGCAUUUUAGGGAGGAGAAACUAGGGUUUGCAGGGUGUGUCGAAGAGGUUUCGAUUGGGGAUGGAAAGAUUGUGAAGAUUACUGGGAUUAAGGAUAUGGGAAGGACUACUACUGUGCUUGUGAGGGGGUCGAAUCAGCUUGUGAUCGAUGAGGCAGAGCGUAGUCUUCAUGAUGCCCUCUGUGUUGUCAGGUGUUUGGUAAACAAGAAGUAUUUGAUUGCGGGUGGGGGUGCUCCAGAAAUAGAGAUGUCCCGGCAACUUGGGGCGUGGGCGAAAGAGCUGCUUGGGAUGGAAAGUUACUGCAUUAAGGAGUUUGCAGAGGCGCUGGAGGUCGUCCCCUACACCUUGGCGGAGAAUGCCGGACUGAACCCAAUAGUCAUCGUGACAGAGCUGAGGAACCGACAUGCACAAGGGGAAAUCAAUGCUGGGAUCAAUGUGAGGAAGGGACAGAUCACCAACAUCUUGGAGGAGAAUGUUGUUCAGCCUUUGCUAGUUAGCACAAGCGCCAUCACCCUUGCCGCAGAAUGUGUAAGAAUGAUCCUCAAGAUCGACGAUAUAGUCACCGUCAGGUGAAAUGGGAGGACGGGUGUAUGUCUUAGUGGCUGUAUCUCAUGCUAGAUUUGAUUUUGAGUUUCAGAAUUAUUUUUUAUCGUUCUUUGUUUUGGGGUUUUGAUGGUUGUAGCUGUUUUUCACGACUUUUGGGAUGUUGUGUCCGGUGAAUUGAAGUUUUCCGACUUUUGGGGUGCGGAGUAUGUCUUUACUAAUGGGGAUGGGGACGGUUGAAUCUUCUAUACAUCCCUUGCGUCUGUGUUUGUAGCAAUCUUGUCACGCCUGUGCUAGGCUUCUGCUAUGGUGUGGACGGUAUAGUAGUUAUUUUUGGAGUUU